UUCUCCCCGGCGCGCUUCUCCCGGGCGCGGCUCUCCCGCCUGUGUCCCCGCGGCUCCCGGGCGCGGCCACGCUGAAACAGCAGCUCCUGUCCGUGCCGGCGCGCAGCCGCCGCCUCAGUGCCCCCCGGGCCGUUAUUCGCCGUUGGCAGAAAGCGCGGCUGCUGCCGGGAAGCCGCGUGGAGCACCGGCACGUGCCCGGCUCGGUCUGCGCCGCACCGGGGCCCGGCGGGGUGCGGCCCUGCUGAGGCGCCGGCUGCCUCGGCAGAGGCGCCCUGCUUCCUUCCGCUCGCAGCGGUAAUUCGGAGCGGUUUCCAUCGCCGCUCACAGGAAGCCGCAUGCGAGCAGCGAUGGCCCGGCAGAUCAGCCGGAUUAUGCGCCCAGACGAUGCCAACAUCGCAGGGAAUGUUCACGGGGGAACCAUCCUGAAGAUGAUCGAGGAGGCGGGAGCCAUCAUCAGCACCCGCCACUGCAAUUCCCAGGCCGGGGAGCCCUGUGUGGCUGCACUGGCACGGGUGGAGCGGACGGACUUCCUGUCGCCCAUGUGCAUCGGCGAGGUGGCCAACGUCAGUGCCGAGAUCACCUACACCUCCCGGCACUCUGUGGAGGUCCAGGUCAACGUCAUGUCUGAAAACAUUUUAACAGGGGCAAAGAAGGUGACGAACAAGGCGACACUGUGGUAUGUGCCACUGUCCCUGAAGAACGUGAAUAAGGUCCUUGAGGUUCCCCCCAUCCAGUAUGCGAGAAAGGAGCAGGAGGAUGAGGGGAAGAAGCGCUAUGAGGAGCAAAAGCUGGAUCGACUGGAAACUAAGCAGAGAAAUGGUGAUGUGAUCUUACCUGUCAUCAACCCAGACAGGCAGACGAAAGAGCCACACACCGUUGGCUACAGCCAGUCCAGCCUGAUCCACCUGGUGGGCCCGUCAGACUGCACACUGCUGGGCUUUGUGCAUGGAGGUGUCACCAUGAAGCUCAUGGAUGAGGUUGCUGGGAUUGUGGCUGCCCGCCACUGCAAGACCAACAUUGUCACUGCCUCGGUGGAUGCCAUCAACUUCCACGAGAAGAUCAAAAAAGGCUGUGUCAUCACUGUCUCAGGACGUAUGACAUUCACAAGCAAUAAGUCCAUGGAAAUAGAGGUGUUUGUGGAUGCUGACCCAUUUGUGGAUGAGCCUCGGGAGCGGUACCGUGCCGUCAGCGCCUUCUUCACCUACGUGUCCCUGAGCAAGGAGGGGAAGCCCCUGCCUGUCCCGCAGCUGCUGACGGAGACGGAGGACGAGAAGCGCCGCUUCGAGGAAGGGAAGGGCAGGUACCUGCAGACCAAAGCCAAGCGGCAGGCGCAGCUGCAGCAGGCUGCCCAGCAGUGACCUGCGUGCCACCAGCGCCCCCCAAACAUACCGGUUGUUCCCGUUCGUUUUGUGUCCGGCCCGCGCCAGCCCCGUGCCUCCGCCCGCCCCAGCCUGCUGCCGGCCCCACCGCUUUGCUGCUGCUGGGCUCAGCGCCGCACGCCUCGUGCUUCAGGUGGCCGAAGCUCCCCGAAAACCCCCAAGGAGUCUUCCCAAGGCACUCGCCAUCUGCCUGCAGAGCCGUUGUUGCUGUUCGAUCCCGCUGGCGAGGCUCCUGCCCGAUUCAGAGCCAGGAUGGAGGCGUGUGGCGGCUCGAGGGGCGCGUGGGGCCGCGAGUCUUUGUGCUGCUGUGUUCGACUCGCCGGUUUGUCCUACCAUGCACACCAAAGCUUUCGUCCGCGCCGCGCCGGGGCCGCACUGAAUGUCUGUGACAUCUCUAGGUAGUUCUCUGUGCGCAUCUAAGUUAUUUAAGGAAUCCUGUGGCAUAAAUAAAAAUCUGUUUCAUUGA